AUGCACACACCUCUCACGCCCACACCCACAUCCAUGCACACACCUCCCACGCCCACACCCACAUCCAUGCACGCACCUCCCACGCCCACACCCACAUCCAUGUACACGCCUCCCAUCCCCAAAUCCACAUCCAUGCACACACCUCCCACGCCCACACCCACAUCCAUGCACACACCUCCCACGCCCACACCCACAUCCCUGUACAGGCUUCCCACGCCCACACUCACAUCCAUGCACACGCCUCCCACGCCCACUCAUCCUCUCACACUCUUGGACUGUCACUCUUCCGCCCUCACACUCAGCCGCCUGUCAAUCCACUCUUUCGAUGUCCAGACCCUCGCCGCCCCCUCCACCUCCACCUCCUCCUCCUCGCCGCUGUCCAGUCCACUUGCACGUCCAGCCACUUUCCCGCCGCUUUUCCGAAUCACGGCUUCCCUCUCCUGA